AUGGGGAUUCCUACGGCUAAUAUUCUAGAGGUCCAUGAUUACCCAUCAAGUUAUUAUUCAAAUGUGAGGGACGAAAUUGAUAAUGGAAUUCCAAAAGGGCUGCUGAAGUAUCAAACUAAUUUAGAUACCAACCCUCCCGGCUGCAUCAGUCUUAACCGAACCAGCUCUCAGAAUAUUUCCUUACCAGAGUAUUUCUCAGAACAUUUUCAUGAACCUUUCCCUGAAGGAUUUUCAAAACUGGAAGAGUUUACCCAGAACACAUUUGUGAAGAUUUGUAUGGAAGAGCCCAGAUUCCAAGCUAAUUUUCCACAGACUUGGCUUUGGAUUUCUGGACCUUUGUGCCUGUACUGUGCCGAAAGACUUUACAGGUAUAUGCGGAGCAAUAAGCCAGUCACCAUCAUUUUGGUCAUAAGUCAUCCCUCAGAUGUCAUGGAAAUCCGAAUGGUCAAAGAAAAUUUUAAAGCAAGACCUGGUCAGUAUAUUACUCUACAUUGUCCCAGUGUAUCUGCAUUAGAAAAUCAUCCAUUUACCCUCACAAUGUGUCCAACUGAAACCAAAGCAACAUUUGGGGUUCAUCUUAAAAUAAUAGGAGACUGGACAGAACGAUUUCGAGAUUUACUACUGCCUCCAUCUAGUCAAGACUCCGAAAUUCUGCCCUUCAUUCAAUCUAGAAAUUAUCCCAAGCUGUAUAUUGAUGGUCCUUUUGGAAGUCCAUUUGAGGAAUCACUGAACUAUGAGGUCAGCCUCUGCGUGGCUGGUGGCAUUGGAGUAACUCCAUUUGCAUCAAUACUCAACACCCUGUUGGAUGACUGGAAACCAUACAAGCUUAGAAGACUAUACUUUAUUUGGGUAUGCAGAGAUAUCCAGUCCUUCCAUUGGUUUGCAGACUUACUCUGUAUGUUGCAUAACAAGUUUUGGCAAGAGAACAGACCUGACUAUGUCAACAUCCAGCUGUACCUCAGUCAAACAGAUGGGAUACAGAAGAUAAUUGGAGAAAAAUAUCAUGCACUGAAUUCAAGACUGUUUCUUGGACGUCCUCGGUGGAAACUUUUGUUUGAUGAAAUAGCAAAAUACAACAGAGGGUAAGUACUAUACCUCAAAAAUUUGAU